AUGGAGGUGUACGAAUUCAAGAAAAGUUAUCUUACCCGGUUGCUUGAAACAAGCAAUGUGCUCAAUUCCGGAGAUGCAAAUGUGCCAGCCUCCGCAAUCCGUUCCGAGUGGACUAAUUUUAUCGAGGUCGCCAUCGAACCGACGGGUUGGCAAGCACUCUGGAAGGCUUCCCGACCGGUGUGUGAGCAACUAUCGGUCAAGUAUCCGCUUGUUGUGCUCGGUACGGUCAAUCAGGUUCUGUUUGACGAAUUGAAGGCGGUUUUUAUCAUCGAAGCCAUCCAGGAUGACGAUGUACACCUGCCCGAGGAACAAAUCACGGUUGAUCUUGAAGAGCUAUGGCCUCUUCGCGAUCAAGCUAACCCUGCGCUUAAUGUUAACAUCACGGCCGAUUGUAUCGAUAAACUUCGAUUUUUCUACCAGAAUUUGUGGAUGCCCUGGGAUAACGACACCGAAGAUGAGCACGGAUGGAUUGAUAAACAUCUGGAAUCGCGUAUACGGCUCUGCUUCGACCUGAAGAAUAAAACCAUGUCGCGGCGACUGUCCUCUCAUGCUCUGGCACUGCUUGCAGAAGCACGGUACAUUCAGCGAAAGCGAGAGUUUCUGGAGCGGGAGCUAGACGAAGAGGACAACGACGAGGAUGAAGAGGACACUGAGACAUCCAUGUUGAAGGACAGCCGUUCGAGCGAUUUGUUGCAGUUAAAUUUGCGCUUGAACGCGAUCAAAAACGAGAUCGACAUCCUGGAGAAUCCCACGAUGCGAAGCGUUUUUGAAAAAGUGCGUUUUGGUGGCGUUGCUGUUAACAAUGGAUGCACAACGCUGUCGUACAUUGUCACGCAGGCCGUGACCGUAGAUGAACAACUGACCUACCUCGAGAAUGCGAAGCAGAUAAUGGAUCAAAAGAUGCCUGUGAUGAUGUGUGAUUCCUUACAGCACGUGCUCGAUCACUGCAGCCCCGACAGCAUCAUUUAUUUGCCACCAGGAACGCGACAGGACAUAAAAUUCCUUGAAUACCUCAACGGUGGCGGAUCAUUUAAGGGCGUCAGCAGCGCGAGUUUCCUGGACGAUUAUGAAACUGCAGUAAAAACUAACCCUACCAUUGUAUCUAGAAACGACGACAGUGUUCUGCUAACUAUUGAUGGAGAUUUUACAGUGGAAAACGUUCACCUCGAUUGUUCAAACGUACGCACUGGUGUGGUCAUCAAAAAGGGAAACAUCACAUUCCGCAACUGUUGCUUCACCGGAGAACCGAACACGAGUACGAAACAGGGCAUUGUAAUAUUUGGAAACUGUAACAUAACGUUGGAACAUUGCCUCAUCAAAGAGUUUUCCACUGGGAUCUAUAGCAAUCAUGAUUGUACGAUCCGUCUGAUCAAUACGAACAUCAGCCGUUGUAUAACGGGCCUAGAGACAUUAGAUGAGUGUCGUAUUUUAUUCCAGUCCGCCAGUGUAACGCAUUGUUCGCAAUAUGGCGUACUGCUAGAAGAUUUCAACGAUGAUGUUGGCAGUCAGGAUGGAUCGCAAGAUCAAGCUGGCAAUAGAUCAAAAAUUUAUGAGGAUUUUAACACGGUUGAACGAGCCGAGUUUACCUUCGAGGGAAAUUGCGAAUUCCGUGAAAACGGCAAGGGCAAUUUCGUGAUUCGCAAAGGGUUCAGCGAGCGCUUCAAUAACUCCUGCUUUGUUGAGGAAAACGGCAACGAAGAACAGGGCGUGAAUAAUCCCGAUAUCAAUGGAUUCCAGGAGGAGUCCAUCUACGAUGCUACGAAUGUAAGUUUUUGUGCCACUUUUCUUGAGGUUUCUAAAUUAUCUUCCACCAAGCACAUGACACCAUCGCCCCGUACUGGAAUAGCUUUAAAUCACACCACACAUUCGAUCGAAGAAGAGGAGUCCACGAACGAUACGGGUGUGUCCGGUUCGUUAACACAUUCCGAGGAGGAUUUGAGUGUCGAUUAUAAAUCGAAUACAUGA